UCCUUUGGAGGUUUAUGAACUAAUAAAAUUUUGCUUGACCCUUCCUGUAUAUAUAAUAUUAGAAGCCCUCCCUGCUAGGAAAAAACUUGGGACUAGGAAAAAGUAAGAAUGAAAGAAACAUGAGAAAAGAAAAAUGAAUCAAGAGUAAGUAAAAUUUUAGGUUUUUUGGACUAAUUUUAAUGAAAAAUUAAGACGUGUUCAAUUAGGAAUAAACAAGAAAGGCGCAUGGAUUGGGCAAAUGGAGCGAGAAUGAGUGGUGAAGUCGAAGCAGAAGCAGAAUACUUCUGCAAGGACUUCGAGUGGGAAGACCUAAGAUCAGAGGUGGAAGCAAACCCUUGCUUUUCCUACCACUUCCAAUCCGCUCCUUCAUCGUCGUCGCCGUCGCCACAAUCCGACGUCCAAGCAUGGAAGCAAUUUCACCUCCGUCAUUCCUCCGGAAAAUUCUUCAAGGAGAGACGCUAUUUGUUGAAAGAGUUCCCCGAACUACUUUCCUGUCCCCCAAACUCUAAGCUCUUGGAAAUUGGUUGCGGCAAUGCCAGCACUGCUCUUCCUAUUCUACGGGCCAACAAAGAUGUGAUUGUUUAUGCAUGCGACUGUAGUGACGAGACUCUUGAGAGGGCUAAAGAGAUUGUAAGUGGUGCCACCACAGUUGCUUCCAUUCACCAUCGUUUCCGUACAUUCUGUUGUGACCUUUCCACUAAUGGAUUCCCAUAUUGGCUGGCAUGCAACUCUUGCCGAGAUCAAUUCUCACAAAAGCAGUCACAAUGCUUGUCAGGUGUCAGAGAGAAUAAUGGACUGCAUUCUACCAAUCCCUAUCCGUCCGAAGAGUUUGGCUGUUGUGUUGGCGGAGUAGAUUUUGUAACGCUGGUAUUCACUUUAUCAGCUGUACCUCCGGAAAGGAUGCCAAAGUCUAUCAAGGAAUGUUUUGUUGUGUUAAAGCCAGGAGGCAUGGUUUUUUUUAGGGACUACGGCCUCUAUGAUAUGACCAUGCUUCGAUUUGAGCCUGAUAAGCGAGUGGGAUUCAGGGAAUACAUGCGGUCUGAUGGAACGCGAUCAUAUUUCUUUUGUUUGGAUACUGUACGGAGCCUAUUUUUGGGUGCAGGCUUCACCGAGCUUGAGCUUGAUUAUUGUUGUGUGAAGUCUGUAAAUCGUCAGAAAGGGAAGUGCAUGCGAAGAGUGUGGGUUCACGGGAAGUUCCAGAAACCUGCGCUUGGUUGUCAAUAAUCUCCCUUGGUGUGCGGUGUGCCUGUGUGAAGCCGGAUGAAGAGUAUAAAAGAGAAACAGGUAGAAAAUACAAGUCAAGAAUUCUGAUGUUUCUGUAGUCCUUUAUUUUCACUCCCAAAUUUUUGGUGCACUGGGCAUUUGAAGUGGUUAGUUUUGGAAGAAAAAAAAAAAUUAGAUCUCAUGACUGCAGUUCAGAUAAUCUAUUUAUGAAUUGCUUACGUGUGUUGUAUUCAAUGAGAAUUAGUUAAGUUACAAUUUUCUUAUUAUUAAAAAAAUAUUAAUCUGGAAAUUACAG